UGCAAUGCAAGUGCACACCGAUCUGAACAGGAGGAAGGUAGUGAAGGAUUCGCUGAUGUCGAAAACGGCCUCCGGAGGUUAGUCUGGAGACUAGAGUCGCCGGUGUGGACGUGCAGUGAUCCAACGAGUUACGUUGGUGAAAUAUCGAGGAAGGCGUACCUUCGCCUGAAAACUAGUUCUCAUGCGGGAAUAUUCGAACUAGCCAAGACCAGUAUGUCUGAGAACGAAGUCGAGAAAAGGAAACAGUUCGAAGAGGAAGGUGACUGUGGGUUUCGUUUCACUCGAAAGAAGUCAAGACGUGGUGUACAGCAGCGGCGGAAGAGCAUCACACGCAGACGUUCAACGCUAACGCCUGUCAAGGCGGAGCGCUCUGCAAGAAAGGAGCCCGGCACACCAGCCCAAGCAAAAGAAGCGACUCAGUCCCCCGGCGGAACUGUUCAGCCCGCAGCUGCCACAUCGCAGCCAGGCGCAGCGCAAUCGGUGGCGGGAAAAUGGAGUCACAGGACCCGUCCUAGCGAACAGGACAUUGAGGAGGACCGUGCCAUGCUGGAAGCGCAAAGGGCUGAGAUAGCUGGCUGGCAUUCGGCCAUUGAGCAGCACGAGCAAAUUGCCGACGAUGUGCACCAAUAUCUAGAGCGGGCACAUGCAGAAUGCUCUGCUCCUCUUGGCUGUGAAACGUUACGGAGUCGGGUGAGCGAAGAACGACUUGCACGCUUGGAAGCGUUGCCUGAUCUGAGUCUUGCCACUCAGGAUCUGGAGGAGAAGAAUCAGCAGCUUCUGGUUAUGGCUGACAAACUGAACCACUGGAGAAAGGUGUGCAACGAUCUCUCAAAGCACACCAAUACUUUCGCCAGACGGCGGCGGAAGAGAAUCGCGGAGGCGUCGCACCGCAAUCAGGCCAGCACGACGCCGAUAAAGAUCGCCAGGCUGGCGGCGAGCUCCGCCACGCCUGCUCAGCGAGUGUCACGGCGCCGCGUGCAGAUGAGCAAGCACAGCCCUGCGGAGUCAUAGUCACACAGUCAAACAUGAAACACAGCCAACACACACGGUCAGACUAGUCUUGACUGUGUGCACGAAAUUUUAGUAGACAUGAAAACAAAUACUGAAAACGAAUACUAGUACUUGCCAAGUCCACGGUUCCUUUCGGCGGAAUUGUUUUCACAGAUAUGAACCACAAUACAGAUUUACCAAUUCCCAUACUGCUUAGCUGUACAUAUUAUUUAGGGUGUACUUUUUAUGUCAUUGAUUUCUUCCAAUCAUUUAGGCCUAUGCUCUAUGUGCUUGCGUGUUGACGUCUGUGCAGACACGAAUCUAAUCACAAUGCUUUCUUAUUGACCUCUCUGCCUGUACUCUCUUUCUGUACCACUCAUUGCCGUAAUCGGUAGGCGUGUGACGCGCCGUGAUGUUUCGUCGCGACACGUCACACUCAUUUCAUGCUUUCUCUGGAUUUAGCAGGGUGUCUCGUGACUUGUCCACACGAUUCGUGGUCCGUCCCGUAGUAUAUAUGUGUACCCUAGCAGCUCA